GGCAUAUCUACCCUGCACUCGCAUCUACCUGACAGAGAAACACUGAACAUCUUUAAUCUGCCAAAAUGCUCAGGGCUUGCAGCAGAUACAUUCAGAGAGAAAUCUCUGCAAUAACCUUUGUCCUGGUGGGAUCUCUUCUCUUGGUGAUUCUGUUUAAUUAUUCUGAAGAUUUCUCUAAUCCGGAUGCCACACUUCAAGUCGAUGUGAGAAACUAUGAAUGUCAUAUGAAGUCCUCAGGCAGAAGUUCCCCACAUGCUAACCCAAUUCCGAAAUGUGAAAGAAACCAAUCUGCUGAACUUGUCAAGAACUUCAGCUCACUUCCUACUGGCAUUAAAGACCUUCUCUACUACCGCCACUGUCGACAUUUUCCCAUGCUGCUCGACAUUCCUGACAAAUGUGGUGGAGCUAAUGGAUCAUCUGAUGUCUUCCUUCUGCUGGUCAUCAAAAGUUCUGCAAUUAACUAUGACCGGAGAGAGGUGCUGCGUAAGACCUGGGCCAAGGAGAGAUUGUCUAACGGUGUGUGGAUCCGAAGAAUAUUCAUCUCAGGAACGAUGGGCACCGGUCAUGAGAAGAAGAGACUGAACAAGCUUCUCAAACUGGAGCAAAGCAAGUACAACGACAUUCUCCAGUGGGAUUUCAAGGACACAUUUUACAACCUCACAUUGAAGCAAAUACUCUUUUUGGAGUGGAUGGAGAUAAAUUGCCCAAACACCCAAUUCCUGUUUAAUGGUGAUGAUGAUGUCUUUGCCAACACAGACAACAUGGUUCUGUAUCUUCAAAAUUUUAAACAUAAAAGCAGAAGGAGGCACCUUUUUGCAGGACAUCUGAUCCAAUAUGUGGGACCUAUUCGGAGUCCAUAUAGUAAAUAUUAUGUUCCAGAGCAAGUCUAUGAGUCCAACUCAUACCCUGCUUACUGUGGUGGUGGGGGUUUCCUUCUGUCAGGCUACACGGCUUUGGUCAUAUACACCAAGUCCAAAUCCAUCCCCAUUCUCCCCAUUGAUGACGUUUACAUGGGGAUGUGCUUAGCUGAGGCAGGGCUUCGCCCAGAGCAUCAUCUUGGAGUGAGAACAGCAGGAUUGCAUGUUCCUGGCAAGAAUGUUGAUAGACUUGAGCCUUGCUUCUAUAAAGAAAUGCUUCUUGUUCACAGAAUGCUCUCAGGCGACAUGUAUACAAUGUGGCACAGAAUUCAAGACUCAGAUCUUAAGUGUGCACCCUUCAGUUCCAGAUUGUAAACUGGAAGAUUUUUUUUUCCCAUUAAAGCACUUUAAGUGCUAGAAUCUGGCAGAUAUUUGAGCUGGUUCUGGCUGUGAGAUGUAAGCCAAAGAGAUUAAAUUACUGUAAUUAAAUUUCUCUUGAAGGGAGACAGUGUGGUUUAAUUUUAGGAUGGCUUCCGAAACUGAUAUUUUAUAAUGUCCAACAAUUGUCUUCCUGAAGUUUCUUCAGUACAUAUGAGUUUUCAUUGAUAUCUGUUAAAAUUAAAUGUGGCUAACUUAGAGAUCAUGGGGACAUGGCAGUAACUUAUUUGACUAUU